UUUUUAUGUUACCUUGUCUCACGAAUUAUUCAUAUAGAAAACGUUGGUCAUUGUGAAGUGAGUUCUUCCCAGUGUUGUCUCAUCAUGUUUAAGAGAAAUAUUUCGCUUGUAAUGAUGGUAGGGGUAUUGUUCUCAUUAACCACAUCUAAAGAGCUAGGUGAGCAAAUGUUUCUCUUUGGUGAUUUAGCAAAUCAUUUUAGAGAUAUAAAAACCUCACACCUAAAUGGCUUAGCCGACCUUGUGAAACGUGUUGAGGAAUUAGAAUAUUUUCGCGAACAGGACGGUCACAAGUUUUCUGAAGGUGUGUUUGAACUGCAACAAUUACGCGAGAAAGAUACUCAAGCUAUUAAACAUUUGAGUGAUGAAAUCACCGCAUUAAUCGCAGAAAACAAACACAUGAAGUCAAAGUUUAACGAUCGCGCACAACUAUCCGAAUCUCAAUCUCAUUCGGCAAUACAGAAAGCAAGCACUCUUAACCAACGUCCUCCGAAAUCAAUCUCCAUCCAAAUGCAACGCUCAGGUUCAUCACCGGGUACCAUUGCCUUCUACACUACUCUCAGCCAACUCCUGGUAAGUCCCGGGAUAAGUCAGAAGAUAUCUUUUGACAAUGUCAUAACUAACGUGAACGCUCACAUAAGCAACUUCACCGGCGUGUUCACGUGCAGUCGAGCUGGCGUGCACGUGUUUUCAUGGCAGACACUUCUUGCAGAGUCCCACUACAUCAUAACCGAACUCGUUCGAAACGGCCAAAGCGUUGGAUCAGAGGAGUUAGGUAGCACCAGAACGGCCGUGUCCGAUUCCUCUACUGCUGUGGUUGACUUAGCCGUGAAUGAUGAAGUGUGGGUCAGAGUAGCCGCACACGCCGUCAAUUCGGACAUCCAACCUCACCUCACUACUUUCUCCGGCUUCAGACUUCCUUAGUGUAUGCUUCGCAUGAAACCAAUAUAUUUCUGUUGUAAUCAAUACUACACAGAAUAAAACAACGUAUGUA